AUGACCGAGCUAAUACGCAAUCCAAGCAUACUUCGAAGGCAAAGUCGAGCUCAAACCAUCCUCGGACAAAACAAAGCACUACUCGAAGAACUCGACAUCUCCAAGCUCCCAUAUCUACAAGCCGUCAAGGAGACCUUCGCUACACAUCCUCCCGGCCCCUUCAUUUCGCGGCAAAAGGAUGGGGAUGAGGGCGAGAUAGGAGGCCAUGUGGUGCCCAGAACGCGUUGUUUUGGUCAAUAUAUGGGCCAUGGCGAGGAUUCGAGAAUAUGGGGAACCCCGAUGCGUUCGAGCCCGAGAGAUUCUUGA